AUGGCUACCCAAGACUUACCACCCAUCUCCGGGUAUGCACCCAUCCAGUGGAAGAGAAAUUUACCCUCACGUGGUUUCAGGCCUGUUAUUUGGUUUCUUGGCCUCUGUACCGCUACCGGAUACGGUUUCUAUCAGAUUUCCUUAGCAAACAGAGAGAAGAUCGAAUUGAAAAGAGAAAAGCUGUGGGCCAGAGCUCAUUUGAUGCCUCUACUGCAAGCCGAACAGGACAGGAAUGUAGUUAGAAGAACGUUUGCCUACUACAAGAGAGAGGGAGAAAUCAUGAAGGACGUCCCAUGGUGGGAGGUCAAAUCAACUUACUCCAACAAAGAUAUUUUCCAUCCUCCUCAAACGGUGUUAUUCGGUAAACACAUUGACAGGGACAGCGGACUGAUGUACGCAAACUCACGUAACAGGUUUGGGCCUGAUGAGGAGGAGACCAAAUGA